AUGUCGCGCUUCGCGGGGCUGAGGAAGCCGCUUGGCGUCGCGGCCGUCGCCGCUGUGGCCACGACUGGUGGUGCCAUUGCCUUCUCAAGCUUCUCUCACAAGACCAACUUCGACACGCCCGCCGUAGAGCUCAAGAGGGACGCCAAGGGUGUCAUUAUUCCGCCCCAAUUCCCUUCGCUCAAGAGCCGCGCCGACCAGCUCGCCGACCUACGCCGUCACAGCUCCGAUUCCGAAGAGUAUGACCUGCUCAUUAUUGGUGGUGGAGCGACCGGUACCGGCAUCGCUCUUGAUGCCGCGACUCGUGGUCUCAAGGUCGCUCUCGUUGAGCGUGAUGACUUCAGCAGCGGCACCAGCAGCAAGAGCACCAAGCUCGUGCACGGCGGCGUGCGCUAUCUCGAGAAGGCCUUUUGGAACCUCGAUUACCCCCAGCUGCAGCUCGUCAUGGAGGCCCUGCGUGAGCGCAAGACCUUCCUCGAGAUUGCGCCUCACCUGUCUGUCUCCCUGCCCAUCCUGCUGCCUCUGCAGAGGUGGUGGCAGGCGCCUUACUUCUGGGCCGGUACCAAGGCCUACGAUCUUCUCGCCGGUUCCCAGGGCCUUGAGAGCUCCUACUACCUUUCCAAGAGCAAGGCGCUCGAGGCCUUCCCUCUGCUGAAGAAGGAUACGCUCAAGGGCGCUCUCGUCUACUACGACGGCCAGCACAACGAUUCCCGCAUGAACGUCUCUAUCGCCAUGACCGCUGCCAUGUACGGUGUCACCAUGGUGAACCACGCCGAAGUCACCCAGCUCGAAAAGGACGCCGAGGGCAAGAUUCGCGGCGCUCGCAUUCGCGAUGUCAUCUCUUCUGUCAAUGGCGACGCUGAGGGCGCUCGUGAGUUCACGGUUCGUGCCAAGGGUGUCAUUAACGCUACCGGACCCUUCACCGACGCCAUUGAGCGCAUGGACGACCCUUCCCGCAAGGCUCUCGUUGCGCCCAGUUCUGGUGCCCACAUCAUGCUGCCCGCUCACCUCAGCCCGAAGGGUAUGGGAAUUCUCGAUGCUGCCACUUCGGACGGUCGCGUUGUCUUUGUCCUCCCCUGGCAGGGCCUCACUGUCGCCGGUACCACUGACAACCCCUGCGCCGUUGAGCGCGAGCCGGUCGCCCAGCAGGAUGAGGUCGAUUUCAUCCUGAAGGAGGUCAGCAAGCUUCUGACGCCCGGAACCAACCUUACUCGCUCCGACAUUCUCGCUACCUGGUCUGGCAUCCGCCCUCUCGUCAAGGACCCCAACGCCAAGAACACUGAAUCGCUCGUCCGCAGCCACCUCGUCACCGUCUCCGAUUCUGGUCUCCUCACCUGCGCUGGUGGCAAGUGGACCACCUACCGCCAGAUGGCCGAGGACGCCGUCGACGAAGCCAUCGACACUUUCAAGCUCAGCCCCCAGACCAUCUCCAUGCCCGAUAUUAGCGGAGCCGGUGACGGUCAAUUCAAGUGGUCCACCUCUACCGCCUGCACAACCCGCCAGAUCCGCCUUGCUGGUGCUCAUGGCUUCUCCAACAAACUUCCUGCCCAACUGUCUGAAUCGUACGGCUUCGAUGCUGACGUCGCUCACCACCUCGCCACCAACUACGGUGAUCGCGCUUGGGACGUUGCCGCUGCCGAGUUUGGUUCCUCCGGAUCCGCCCGCCCCGCCAACCGCCUGGCCGCUGCGUACCCCUUCAUUGAUGGCGAGAUUCGCUACGGCAUCCGCCAGGAGGCUGCGCAGACCGCCUCCGACAUCAUCGCCCGCCGCACUCGCCUCGCCUUUCUCGAUGUCAAUGCCGCCCUCAGCUCUCUUCCCAAGGUCAUUGACGUCAUGGCCGAAGAGCUCAAGUGGUCCGACGCUCGCAAGAAGCACGAGUGGACCGAGUCGGUGCACUUCCUCAAGUCCAUGGGUCUGUCCAGUGAUAAGCUCAGCAUCACUCGCGAGGAGGUGGUCAAGGGCCUUCACAACAAGGUUGCUUCCGAGGAGAAGUUCGCGCCCAGCUCAGUUCGCGCCGGUAGUGCUCUCCAAGAGCUGAGCACCGGCACCGUGCUGGCUAAGAAGGAGAACCCCAACCAGCUGUAA